GGGGGGCAAUAUGGCGACGCCCAUGCCGGGGCCCUCAGAGUAUUGUGGGUGCCUAGGAUGGAAACAUGGCGGCGCCCAUGCCAGGCUCCGCAGUGCAUUGUGGGUGUCUGGGUUGGAAACACACUGGUGCAUUGUGCGUCCCCUAGUGACAACAUGCUGGCGCCCAUGCCAGGUGCCGCGCUGCAUUGUGGGUCCGGGUGGAAACAUGGCGGCGCCCAUUGCAGGCCUGCCGCAGGGCAUUGUGGGUCUCAGAUGGAAACAUGGCGGUGCCGCAGUGCAUUGUGGCUCCCCGGUGGCAUCAUGGCGGCGCCCAUGCCGGGUCUCGCAGUGCAUUGUGGGUUCUGGCGGGGCGGCGGUGGCGGCAUCAUGGCGGCUCCCACGCGCGCGUCCGGGGCGCUGCGUGUCCGCCCCGUGACGCGUCUGUGGCGCCCGCAGUGGGAGACGGAGCGGAGCCACCUGUCGGACCACGAGGUGCGGUACCGGGACGAGGAGGAGCGGCUGCAGCGUUCCAGGGACCAGGAUGACGACCUGGACCACGGCAGCGUGGUGCUGGCGCAGGACCUGGAGGAGACCUGGGAGGACAAGUUCCAGAAGACCGAGCUGGCCCCCCGCCUCACAGAUGCUGAUAAGAGCAAUGACCGCACCUCUCUGAACAGGAAGCUCGACAGUAACCUAACACUGCUGGUCAAACAGAAGCUUGGUGACCAGGAGCUGUGGCUUCUGCCUCAAAUAGAGUGGCAGUCAGGGGAGACACUACGAAGCACGGCGGAGCGAGCCUUGGUGUCUUUCUUGGGAAAUCGCAUCCAAGCCAAGUUUCUAGGGAAUGCGCCGUGCGGACUUUACAAGUACAAGUUCCCCAGGGCCAUCAGGACUGAGAACAGCGUGGGGGCCAAAGUAUUUUUCUUCAAAGCUCUUCUCCAAAGCAACCAUCUGUCCAAGGAAGAAAGGAAAGGAGACUGCGUAUGGGUCACCAAGAGUGAGAUGGAAGAUUACUUGAAACCAGAAUACCUAAAGCAAAUCAGUAGAUUUGUGGUGGACCUGUGAGAGAGAGCUGUGCUCCAAGCAGGUAGGGAGAAUAUGGGACAGGAUCUUUGGGAGGAGUGCAGCUGCUGCUUAGCAUUGCCUGUGUGAUCAGAAUGCUAUCCUAGACCCUGAAGAAGAAUCCUGCAUCCCCUUGUUUUGUGACUGUCUUUGCAGGGUCUGUACUAAAUAAAUAUUAAAACCUCUACCACGUGAGGAUCUCCCUGGA